UGUAUGAACGUUAAUUACUGACGUCAAAAAUCACGUCGUUGCCUACCCACAUAAGAGAACAGUCUCCACGAGGAACUCGGUUCAGUCGUCUCCGAAAAUAAAUUAAAAAAAUCCCAAGUGGAUUUAUGUCGACAGAAAAGUGCCAUGAGUCUACCGGGCGGUGAGAAGGCGGUGCCCCUAUCCCCCGCAUCCCGACCCCCUCGGCGGUACAGCGCCUCGGCCACGCCCUCCUGCUCACACACGCCGCCCUCUGAUAUCGGUGCGUAUCAUUGGUAGCCACUUCGAGUCAUUCAGCCUAGUUAUGGACUUCGUUAACUUGGUAAGUCAACUGGACACACUGGAACUUCCUUCGAAACGACAGAAUAACAAUUGCAAACGAAAACGAAAGUCCAACCAAAGCGUUAGGUUUGAUGUGCCAGAUGAUGUCACGGAGAAAAAGAAAACAUCCAAACGACGAAGGUACAGCCCUCUGCCGUUCUCGAGGACGAGCUUUUUUACAACAUCGGCGGAAUUUGACGCCCAAACAGUGCACAUAACUAAAGAAACGCAUGAAGUUGAGGACGAGAUUGGGCAUCUGACUGAGACAGGUCUACAGGCAUUGAAAGUGACGGUUUAUGAAACCGAUGUGGAGGGUGUAAACACUGAUGUUAAAUAUGCCGACACUGGAAUACCUUGUGAACCACUUGACCGAAACAACAAUUAUGGACCAUCGGCAAAAUACACAAGGAAAAAACAAGGGACACGAAAGUGUAUGUCGGACACAGCUCUCCUAAACGCUAAACGGCUGGUAAAGAAGGGGCAAAUGGUUUCUAAAAAGAUAUCUUUACGAAAACCUCGGCAUCUGACAAAGAGGCGUGGAAAACCACGUGAAAGAAGAUACUCGUUACAUGCGCAAGGCGACGGUCACCAUGGCAACAUACAUAAAACUAAGAGACCAAUAAUUAGAAGAAAAUGUAUACAUGUAUCAUGCAGAAGAACAAAAAGCUCAAAAAUACUUAUACCAAAGAACAAAACCGAGAAACGCAAGAGAAUUGUAAAGCUCACGUAUCAAGCUAAGCGUUCACUUAUUAAAAACAAAGCAUACACUCUGGUUAAUAAAACUGUCGCAGAAAAGAAAAUGAUAUUUAACAUGUCAAUGGAACAGUUAUGGAAGGAAUACAAGACAGCCAAAUGCUCGAGGUUCGGCGAUAGCUUCUUUUCUACAACGACUCACUCCGAGUCGGCUAAACGGACGCUGAAAAAUAUGUGGAAAGAUUACCAGAAACUCAGACAGAAGAAAAGGAAAUGCAAAAUCACACCGAUUAAGAGACGCGGUGAUCCCUUUGAACUGAGUGAAGUUCUGCGGAUUGACCUGUUGAAGUACCUCACUUUUAAAAAGGCAGACGAAGACAAACAAAGAUGCUGUUCUAAGCAUUGCUGGAAGUCGUGGGUGGAAGUCGACGGGACUUACAUCCGCGAGGAAUAUGGCGAUGUAGAUGAUUAGAUACACAAUACUACAUAUGUUCUUUUAUCACUACAUACCAAAGCUAUUAAUUGGAUUUUUUAUGUAAAAUACAUUUGCUUUGUUAUCGAUAAUGCUGAUUUGUGUUGUUGACAAUUUAUUCAUAUUAAGUUUAAAACAAAGGCAAUUAAAAUAAUUAUUUACGUA